CUGAAAAGACACCAAGAGCCAGCUCCGGAAAAAAAAAUUCACUUGUCAACGGUGCCAACACAGCCAGCAUAAAUGCCGAACACAAGCUUGUCAGCAAUACUUUUCCAUUGGGUAUGGAACAGCACGGUGACGAUGAACAACCUGUAAUAUUCAGAGAAGAGAACAGGAGAAGAAGGAGAAAGAUGAAAGCAUUUAUAUCAUCAAACACUAUGGUUACAAUGGAUCAAAUAGUGAUUGAGUUUAUGUUGCCUACGUACAAUAAGUUUAAUAAAAUACAAGAAGCCCUAAUGCUUGAUGUUGCUGGAAACUGCACAGUCGAACAAGUUAAAACCCAAUUGUGGAUGAAAGCAGUUGAAAGAAGUGCAUGCCCUGAGUUCUACCAAAAGUGUACCCCAGAUCAGUGCAUACUGCUUUACCAGAAGAAAGGGCACUGGUAUGAAAUAUAUGACAAACAUCAGGUGUUUCAGACACUGGACUGCAUACGCUAUUGGAAAGCAUUGAAAAAAGAUUUAGGAAGAAUUCAGUUGGUUCCCAGACCCCAACCGACUGAGGAAUCGGAGCAGUAUCAGAGGUAUCUGAAUUAUCUUAUUGGUUAUGAUGUAACAGAUGUCAGCAAUGUUCAUGAUGAUGAACUUGAAUUCACUAGACGGAAAUUGCUGACACCUCGGUUAAUCGAGUUAGCAAACCGGGAUCCAAAACUUUAUUCCAUGGAUCCUUGGAUAACCCCUAAGCCUCUUCCAGAAUACAUCCUAAAUAAGAUAAGCAAUAAUAAUAUUUUAGUUGUCAUCCACCGAGGAAAUGCUAGUCAAACCAUAAAAGUAUCAAUCGAGGACAAACCUGAUCAGAUUCUCCAGAACUUCUUCACCAAGAUUGCUAAGAAAAAGCCUUUGCUUGGCAUUUCUGAAGAAGACAGUGAAUUAGACUUUGUUCUCAGGGUUUGCGGUAGAGAUGAAUACAUUUAUGGGGACAACCCUGUUAAGAACUUCUACUGGGUGAGACAGUGUCUGAAAAACGCGGAGGAGAUCCACCUUGUUUUGGAGUCUGCACCUGAUCCGGACCAGGAUGUUGUUCACAAGGAGGACUGGUCGCUGGUUGAUGAUUGCACUGGAGUUGCAGGGUCUCAUGAGCAGCUGACAAUAGAAGAAAAGGACCAUGAGAAAGUGUUUACCAUUUCUCUGUGGGAUUGUAACAGAAAAUUCAGAGUCAAGGUCCUUGGUAUCGAUAUCCCCAUGCUGCCACGAAAUUCAGAGCUCAUUGUUUUUGUUGAAGCCAGUAUUUUUCAUGGACAACAGCUGCUGGCUCAGCAGAGAACCUCCUCCAAACCAUUUACUGAAGAGGUCCUGUGGAACUCAUGGCUCGAGUUGGAUAUCAAGAUAAAGGAUCUGCCAAAAGGUGCCCGAUUUAGCCUACAGGUUUACUGUGGAAAAACUCAAACUCAGAGCACUAAGGCUGGGUUUCAAGAAAGUGUCAACUUUGACCCCAAAUGUAAGAACCGCUUGCUUUAUUAUGUUAACCUCCUACUGAUAGACCAUCGCUCACUGCUGCGGCAAGGGGAAUACGUCCUUCACAUGUGGAAGAUGCCAGAGAAGAGCGAGGAUCAUAGCAGUGUCAAUGCCGACAAGCUCACCUCAGCUACCAACCCUGAUAAGGAAACAUCCAUGGCCAUUACUGUGAUGCUGGAUAAAUACUGCUACCCCAUUGCUUUGCCAAAAGGUCGGGAAUCAGUUGAGGUUGACGGUGAAAGGUCAAGACGAGAGAUGCCUAAUCACCUGCGCAAACAGUUUGAGAAAAUUGUUGCCACUGAUCCACUGCAUCCUCUGACACCAGAAGACAAAGAGUUACUGUGGCAUUUCAAGCAGGAAUGCAUGAAGUGUCCAAAAGCGUAUCCCAAGUUUCUCAGCUCAGUUAAAUGGGGGAAACAAGAAGCGGUUUUAGCAACACAUCAGCUGCUGGAGAAACAUGAUGCCUGGGAUCGUAGUACACUGGACGUUGGACUUGCAAUGCAGCUGUUAGACUGCCACUUCUCAGAUGAGAAUGUGCGCACCGUGGCAGUGAGAAAGCUGGAGACUCUAGGAGAUGACGAUGUUCUGCGGUACCUGUUGCAGCUUGUACAGGCUGUGAAGUUUGAGCCUUACCAUGACAGUGCCCUGGCUCGUUUUCUGCUGAAACGUGCUUUAAGGAGGAAAAGAAUUGGCCAUUUCUUGUUCUGGUUUCUAAGAAGUGAAAUAGCCCAGUCCAUGCAUUACCAGCAGAGAUAUGCAGUGAUCUUAGAGGCGUACCUUCGGGGCUGUGGUGAAGCCAUGCUGCAUGACUUCAAGAAGCAAGUUGAAGUUACUGAAGCAUUGCAGAAGGUCACCAAGGAAAUAAAAGCAAUGUCUGCUGACAAAUAUGAUGUUUCAGUACAAGUUGUUUUCCAGCUCAGACAGAAACUUGAAAAACUUCAAACAUCAGGGCUACCAAGAAGUUUCAAAGUUCCUUACGACCCUGGCCUCAGAGCAGGUUCACUUGUGAUUGAGCAGUGUAAAGUGAUGGCAUCAAAGAAGAAACCGCUGUGGCUCGAGUUCAAACCUGACGACCCCACAACACGAUCCAGUGACACUAUUGGAAUAAUCUUUAAGGACGGAGAUGACCUUCGUCAGGACAUGCUUAUUUUACAGAUUCUUCUCAUUAUGGAAUCGAUCUGGGAGACAGAAUCCUUGGAUCUAUCGUUGUUACCAUAUGGCUGCAUUUCUACUGGAAACAAGAUAGGGAUGAUUGAAAUAGUGAAAGAUGCCACCACCAUAGCUAACAUCCAGCAGAGCACCGUUGGCAACACUGGAGCUUUUAAAGACGAAGUAUUAAACCAGUGGCUUGGAGAUAAAUGCGUAAUGGAAGACAAGUUUCAGCAGGCUGUGGAGAGGUUUGUGUAUUCUUGUGCUGGUUAUUGUGUUGCCACAUAUGUUUUGGGGAUAGGAGACAGGCAUAACGACAACAUUAUGAUCACAGAAUCAGGUAAUCUGUUUCACAUAGAUUUUGGACACAUCCUUGGAAAUUACAAAAGUUUCCUUGGGAUUAGCAAGGAAAGAGUGCCAUUUGUUUUAACUCCCGAUUUUCUGUAUGUUAUGGGAACGUUUGGAAAGAAAACAAGCCCUCAAUUCCAAAAAUUCCAGGAUGUCUGCAUCAAAGCAUACUUGGCUCUGCGGCACCAUACCAACCUUCUGAUUAUCUUGUUCUCGAUGAUGCUGAUGACAGGAAUGCCACAGCUAACCAGUACAGAGGAUAUUGAGUAUAUCCGGGAGGCCCUUACUGUGGGGAAGACUGAGGAAGAUGCAGAGAAGCAUUUUCUUGACCAGAUUGAAAUUUGCAGGGAUAAAGGCUGGACUGUUCAGUUUAACUGGUUUUUGCACCUUGUCCUUGGAAUCAAGCAAGGGGUGGAAAAGCGUUCAGCGUAACUCUUUCUGACACAUCCAGAUGAGGGAGGUUUCUUCUUCUAGUUCUGUUGAAGCUUAACAGAUACUGGUUUUCAGAAAAAAAAAUGCUCCAUAUUUUUUUUCAGUGUAUUUUCAUCCCUGACCAGCUUCAGUAACCAGAUAGUUAAGAAUGUAGUGCUAGAUUCUCAUCAAUUAACCAUACUCUUACAUAAAUAUAGAUAUCACAGCAAACAAGAUUUAAAUAUAAUGCAUAGUGCCAGCAUACUUUGUCAUUCUUCAGCAUUUUUUGUUAAACAUAAGCUGAUAUAUUUUUUAUAUUUUUAGUAUAUAUUUCAAGUUUUACAUUGUACUUUAAUGCUUAUCACAUGUACCAACAAGUGGCUGAUGCCCUCUCAGAAAGCGGAAUAGAGCACACAGUCCCACAAGCUAGGGACAAAUUAAAAAACUGAAACAGUCCUCCCUGCAGGAACGAGCAAGGAGGUGCCGUUCGGGAGAAGAGGGACGGUCCCGCAGAGCAAUGCUUUUUGCUUCAGUUACAACUGGCAUAGCUAUGUAUGUGUUGCAGUGCCUCUGAACAAGGGAGCUGUCAAACAUGUAAAUACAGCGAUGAACUGUGGUUUUAUGCACCCCAAACACAUUGCCAACUAUCCUGUACUCAGCUGGAAGAUGUCUGGCAAAGAGCUUUAGAAUCCAACGUCUUUGCCGGUUUUCAGCCAUGGUGAUCUGCAAUACCUGUGUUGGUCAGUUUCAUUUUAUACCUCCCAGUUAAUUUUUAAUAAAUGAGUCGUAAGAUAAAUUAGUUGAAACGGAUUCAAGACUAAUGACAUGCAAAUGACAUUUAAAAAACAAUUUGGGCAAGAGCAGUAAAACAUUAUUAAACAACCAGGCACGAGGUAUUUGGCUUUAUUACAGCAGCUUAGAUUCACUCGUGUACCAGUUCUCUGCGUAUGGAAACCACAAAACAAAGUUUACCAUGGCGAACUUCUACAGUAAUUAAACUUUUCUAUGCUUUUAGUGUAUUGUACUACCUGUUUGCAAUGCUUUUACGAUGAUACAUGAUAUCAGCACAAGGGUGUUUUACACAGUAUGUGCUGUUACAGUAUAAGGAUAUCAAUGAAGUCCUAUCAAAUAUUUUUGAUUCAGUCUGCUUCUAACAUAACUCUGCUGUUAACAACCUCUUCUGGGGAAAGAUGUACCAAGAGCUAUUUCAGUGCACACCCAUUAAAAUAUGAAUCUAUUACUGUA